GAAUAUAAAAAGAAGGCUAGUGUAAAGGCUAGAUUUAUAGAUAAGGGAUCACUCUAUAAAUACUAUAAAGGCGCCGUUAAAAACUUGAACUUAAAAAAGGCGGUUAAGUUAACUAGAGAUGAACUUAUAUCGGAAUUCUAUAAAUUAAAGAAAGCGGAGGGAGCGUUAGAUAGGCGGUUCACUAAAAUAAAGCGACUAAUAAAAGAUCCGGACGAGAUAAAAAUAAUUAGAACGCCGCGCUUAAAAGGUACUCCGGUCACUUUUACUCUAGACGUUAGUUAUAUUCAGCCGGAAAGAAUUGCCCUUACUAAGCUUAAAUUUAAGAAUAGGGAUAUCGAUACUAUCGAUAAUACGGAAUUAAUUAAAGACCGUAUUCGAUCUCUCGAGCUAUAA